CUCCCGGUGAAGUGUGCCACAGUUUGCCCUCACUUCACGCUCCUCCUGUCAUGCUCGAGAUGCAAAUUCCUCUACAAAAAAUGCUCUUCUUUGGCACUUCACUUUCUACUCGUAUCACAAGUCUCAAACGACUCUAAAAAGAAACAUCUUUGCUUGACCGGCCACUCGAGCUUACUCACGAAGUAGAAACAAGGUAGCCCAUAAUUUACGGUUUUGAGGUUUGGUAAGUCACCCAAACUUGCAAGAUCUGAUCACCUCAAAUUUGGGAUCACCAUUAGCAGCAUAUAAUCUUCCCCGAAAAGCCCCAGCAUUCCAAUCACCGCAAGCCUCCAAGGUCUUCUUCCCAGUUAACCAAUGGACCUCGAGCAUGGCAAGAAGCCCCCUGCCAUCGCCGCUGCGGAGCUAUCCUCGCUCAAGGACAAGCUCGUCGGCCUGCGGCCGGUCCUGCUGCGAGCGGCUGCGGUCCUGGCGACGGCGGUGGCCGCGGUGGUCAUGGGGCUCAACAGGCAGUCCUACACCGCGGUGGUGGCCAUUGUGGGCACCAGGCCGCUCACGCAGACCUUCACUGCCAAGUUCAGCGACACGCCUGCGUUUGUGUACUUUGUCAUAGCCAAUGGUGUUGCCAGUCUGUAUAACCUGGUGGUGCUGCUCAUCAGAAGGUGCCUUAUGCAGGGAAGGGCCCACAAUUUGGUAGUGCAUAGGAUGGACAUGGUAAUCAUGGUUCUAUUGGCCACCGGUGCCGCGACAGCGGCUUCAAUGGCUGAGUUAGGCAAGAAUGGUAACUUGCACACGCGUUGGAACCCGAUAUGCAACAAAUUUGGUUCCUUCUGCAACCGUGGAGGCGUAUCGCUCGUGUCCUCGUUUGUCGGCGUCGCGCUCAUGCUAGCCCUGAAUUUGCUCUCAGCUGCAGCCACCUCUCCCCGUGCCGUCGUCGCAGGCCAAUGAGCACUAGCACCUCAGCUCAGACAGCUCAUACCCAAGAGUACACUGCUCAUGUCACUGGGAUGUGAAGUGAUGUGAGCCAGUAUGGUUGCAUGUGGGAGCUGGAUCUCAGGAGGAAGUGUGCUCAAGGCUGCAAGUGUGCUAAAUUUGGUGUACAACUGUAUAUCACCUUGCCUGGUCUGAAAUGUGCAGGCACAUAAGCCCUGGUUGGUUAUAGGGCUUUAACUAGAUCAGCUCUUACAUUAGAUCAAGUUGUUGCACCAUUCAAUUCCACUACUUUGUGGUUGUAAACCAGUACUCACAACUGUCCCGGCAUUUGGCCGCAUUUGCUCAAUUGGAUGAUACAUCGCAUCGUUUGAGAAGUAUGUCUGGUGAGGUUUGGUCUUUCACAACAGUUUGUACCUGUUGUACUGCAUGGAACUCUUGUUUUAUUACCUGAAUAGUGAAGUUGUUUGGAGUUGCUUGAAAUGAUGCAUCCAGCACCAGACUUAGUUAUGGACUUAAUGGGGCAAAAAUUCAGGAGUUGGUCAGUUGAUGUAGAUUUAUCGGAGAAGGAGCACAUGCAUGUGAGCCUAUCUGGCAUCUCCGGAAAAAUUCAGUCAACAUUCAACUAGGAGCUAAGUGAUUACCACUGGUGCAGCACAUUAGCCUGAAAAUCUAUUAUAGUCACAACCUAGAUGUGUUCAUUGUCGGACUGGCGGUUUUGCGUAAAGAAAAUGUUGGAUUGCAUGUUUUUUUCUUAAAAGCUUGUGCUUGGGUACAAUCUUUUCUGGAAAAAAAAGUAUGAAUCUGAAAGAAAAGUAGUUAAUAUUAGAGUAAAAAAACAUAAAAUUGGGACCAUAAAUCAUGUGUAAAUAUAUUUAAAGGUAAAUAAAUCAUGUGUAAAGACAAGAGUAGAUAGGAUUACCUGGCAGCUGCUGAUGCCUAGAUUCAUUCAAGUACAGCUUGUCCUUGGUUUCUGCACUCUACUCUUUCCACAUUAUUGGUAUGGAUGUACAAGACUUGUUGCUAUACGCAUAUGGUACUAGUAUUCAUGACAUGAGGUACCCUGAAAGGUGCCAUCAUGCAGAGAAGGUUGGUCACUCUCACUCAUGCAGCUGGCCAGCAUAUGAAGAACAGGGCACUGAAAGAAAAACAGGGCCUUUCAGCAUACUGUUCCUCAAUUUGUGUGUCGGCAUUGCAUAAAUACCGCUGGUGAUCCGCAAAAUAAUGAGCCCUCAAAUAAAAACUAUGACGUUUUGCACAUUGACAAGAUCUCCGAAGUGUAACUUUGACCAUUAGUUUCUACUAUAAUAUAAUAAUAAAACAUAGAAAUAAAUAUUAUAGUAUAACAAAGUUUGAGGGGGAAAUCUACGCAUUACCAUUUCUACACGCCCAAUAAAAAUAUUUUAGAAGUAUUGUGGUAAAAAAUAAAAUAAUAUGCUAUCAUACUG